UUAUUAUGUUUUUUAUUUUAAUUUUAACUUUUAUUACUGUAAUUGUAAAAAAUUGUAGAUAUGGAUAUAUGAGAUGAUUCCGGCUGUUCGUGCAUGUGGAUUUGUAUUGAGAAAAAAUAAAGACAUGCCUCGGAUGAAACGAUGGAGUGGAACAAAAAAAUUGAAAUGGGUUGACGUGAACAAGAUUUGGUCAAAGAUACAGGAGGGGCAACCACCAAGACAAAACAUGUUACCGGGUGAUGGUGAGAUGACAUCUUGUUAUUAUAUGUCAUUUCAAGAGUAUGUAUAUGGUGAAGGGAAAGCAGAUCCAUCCCCAGUACGGGACCAUUUUAGGAGACAAGACGAAUCUUCAUCUAGUAUGUCGUCCAGUGGUCGCUCUCAUGGUAGAGGUAGGGGCAGUGGGAAACACAACCUAGAUGAGGUGUUGAAACGGCUACAUGCACUGGAGCAGCAUGUGUUUAUGAACCGACAACCUACAGAGUUUUUUGUUGAAGAAAUGAAUAUUGAACAAUUUUGGAACGACAUUACUUUUGAUAAUCCGAUAGUGUCACAAAGAAAAUAUGAUGAACAGGAGUCGGAGGAGAGGAAUAACAAUGCGGGGAACAAAUUUGAUGAUGAUGUGUUUGACGUAAAUGAUUAUAGUGAAGCUAAAGAGGUGCCGGACGAAGACGAAAUAAUAAUUACGGGAAUUGUAGAUUAUUUUGAUGAGUAUGAUGGCAAAGAAGUUACAUCCGAUAAACCGAGGACUCGAAAACCAUCACAAUAUUUGUGCCCUCUUUACACCGAGCAUAUAACCAUUUGGUACCGACUAUUGAUGGAGAGACGGUUUGAGGGCGACCGACAAACAAUAAUGCCUCCAAAUUUUUUUGUUUCUCAUGCUUUGGAAGAAGGGCAGGACUGGAGGGCGUUUAUGGCUGGUAUUGCUACGUACCCCAACUUCAUGGUUGCUUGGUGGGAUGUUGAUACGGUCUUAUUGCCGAUUCAUUCAUCCCCUAAUCAUUGGCUAUUUGGGGAACUACGAUUAGCGUCAAUGGAAGUGCAUAUUUAUGACAGUCUUGGUAGAGGGGCUUAUGAAAAAUUCAAAUCUAAAGGAAUCUUUUCCAAAUUUGAACGUCGGGUGGCAAAUUAUUUGGACAAGAUUAAGUAUUGGGCCCGGAGGAAAAUCCCAAGGAUUCCAUUGAAUAUGCAAUUCAUUUAUGAAGAAAAUGUUCCCCAACAAAGUAGUCAUUUGGGAGAUUGCGGUGUUUUUGUUUGGAGGUUGUCUGGUGGGUUGACCCUUUACAUUGAGAGUAAGGUUCAAAAAUGUCUCAACAAGUCUUAUAAUUGUAAUGCAAGACGUUUGUAUGGGGAUACAUUUGAAGUCGAUGACAAUUUUGCCACCGGCAACGUACAACUUGAACGAAGGACACAAGACCAAAAUGAUCCAGCACGAACUUGUGGGGGACCCGGUGGAAAAUCCUCCUCUACAGUUAUAAUCCAAGCUUGA